AUGCCGGCAACAACAUCCACCAGUUCCUUUGCCCGCCUCAACGCCACCAAACCCUCCACCACCCCCGAAGCCCUCAUCCACGCCAUCACCCGCGACGGCGGCGUCAUCGUCGAGAACCUCAUCGCCAAGGACCUGGCCGCGCAGAUCCAAACCGACCUGAAACCGCGCUUCGACGCCGACAUCCCCGACAAAUACGGGUUCUUCCCGGCCACCACGCAGCGCGCCACGGGGCUGCUGGGGUUCUCGGAUGCCUGCGUCGAGCUGGCGUGCAGCCCGCUGUAUAUAGCGGUGGCGAACGCGCUGGUGUCCUCGCGGUAUACGUUCUGGAGAGGUGAUCGUCAGGAGACGGUUAGUGGGAAGCCGAUUCUUACGUCGACGGUUGGGUUCAGGGUCAAUCCGGGCGGGAGGCAGCAGGUCUUGCAUCGGGAUGAUAAUGACUAUCAUCCGUAUGACAAGGAGCUGCCGGUGAUGAUUGGAUGUGUCACGGCGUUGACGAAGACGGUGAAGGAGAACGGUGCCACAGUCGCCAUCCCGAGAUCGCAUCUAUGGGGUCCAGAGAGACAACCACUCGAUGAAGAAGCUGUCCCGGCUGAGCUGGAGCCCGGGGAUGCUUUCAUCUUCCUGGGCAAUCUGUAUCAUGCCGGCGGCGCGAAUGUUACCCAGAAUGAGCGCCGUGAAACUGUCGGCAUAUUCCUCUGCCAGCCGACCCUGCGCCCCGCCGAGAAUUACUUCCUGGAAAUACCCUUGGAGAGAGUGAGGAAGCUGAAGCCCCAGGCGCAGAGGCUGCUAGGGUAUGGGGUCAUGGAGCCUGGCGUAGGCUUUAUGCAUUACCAGGAUCCCAUGAGGCUUUUGUUCGGAGUGGAGGACGAGGAGACGAUCAACAUGUGA